AUACUCCCUUCGUCCCACUAACAAUUGGACAAGAGGUAGUGGCAUACAAACUAAUAAAAUGUGGUUUAUGUGGUUGAUAUUGAAUUGAUAAAAUAAGAAUAAUAAAGUAAGAAUGAUUUAGAGACACACAAACUUUACCAAAUUUGGUAUGAAACAAUCUUAAUGGGACGGACUGAAAAUGUAAAAUGAGACAAUCUUAGCGGGACGGGGACGGAGGUAGGAAGUAUAAGAGAAUUAACGAUAUUUUUUCGAAAAAAAUCUCGUAGGACUGGGCAUAGCGUCGCUGAAGUUGGUCCACAGAUUCGGGGCAGAGGGGAACUCGAGGGGAGACUACGCAACGAUGAUGAGGGAGGUUCUGCGGCACCAAAAGGCGCGGCGACUGAGAACAGUGAGGGGCGAGAUGGGCAGCGGUGCGGAGGUGGAAAGCAACGACGGGGGAUAUAAGUGGCUCUCUGCGUAUGCCAGCUCAAAAUGGGUGUUGGGAACCCACGUCGCGCAGGUGCAACUCGGGAGCCAGAGGACCAAACUGAGCCUCGUGUUCGACACCGCCAGCGACCUCACGUGGACUCAAUGCAGUGGGUGCAAAGAGUGCUACAAGCAAAGAGAAACGAUGUUUGACCCAUCAAAGUCAUCGGCGCUCCCGCUUGUCGAGUGUGGCCCUGAACAAGGUCCUCAUCAAGCUUGUCUCUACGAUGUAGGCUACGCAGAAGAAUCGCAUUCGCAGGGCAGUAUGAUGAAGGCCCAGCUGUGGCUCGACCCCAGCUCGUCGCGGGCGGUGCUGGACGACUUCAUUUUCGGGUGCGGCAAUAGUAGUAACUUUUCCGGAAGGGAAGAGGCGGGAGUGAUGGGGUUAGGCCCCGGUCUUUCUUACCCCUCCAUCGUUUCUCAAGCAAACGCAACAUUUUCUUUCCGUUUCUCUUAUUGCCUCACCACAGAAAGCGGGAGAGACGGGUAUUUAUCCUUCGGGAGCUCGCCCCCCGCUUCCGGUGUGGUAUACGCCAACUUAUACAUCCCAGAUUCUGGUUUUUACUUCAUUCGUAUCGUGGACAUAAUGGUGAACGGAAGGUCGCUGGGUAUCAAUUCCGCCGUGUUUAAGUCGCCUGGAACCAUCAUCGACUCCGGAUCUGCCAUAUCAUUGCUGCCCCAGAAAGCGUUCACAGCUCUGAACAGCGCAUUCGAAUACCAAAUGAGUCGUCUCAAGUAUAAGAAAGUAGCACUACUUGCGGGGGACAAAGAUGGGAUGCUUAACACCUGUUACGACUUCACAAAGGGAACUCCCAAAUUCCCCACGAUAAGCUACGUGUUUGAUAAAAACACGGUGCUGCAUUUGCCUCCGGCCGCCGUCAUGCUGAAACUGUCUGCUAAUGACGCCUCCCAAGUGUGUUUGGCUUUCGCUCCCACUGCAAGAAGCUCUGAUCUGGGAGUAUUUGGGAACAUUCAGCAGCAGACAAUGGGGGUUUUCUACGAUCUUGAUCAAAUGAAAGUGGCAUUUACACAAAAUGCUUGUACUUGAUCCAGAAUUCGAGAGAUGGAUCCAUCAGAGCUGAUAUAUAUCACCAAGAGCAAUGAUAUAUAUGAUAUAUCCAGUACUCCAUAUUAUUGUAUUAUGAACUACUGAUGCAUUUGUUGUUUACUUCGUCGCACUUCUUUUAUGUAUACGUAUCAUGCAUUCAUGCACUGUACUUUUUCAUACAUCUUUCCUAAACGAA